AUGACUCAGAAUAAUCUCAUCUGGCCAAUCACAGCAGAAUCAGAUAUCAUGAUGAACCAAUCAAAACUCAAAGCUAAACAAGCAGUUCGCGGGUUUCGCUCCAGGUCUUGGAGGAAAACCUUACAUUUAUGUGCUCUCAUUAUAGGUCAGCUGGUUUUGGCGGGAAAAGGAGUGAAAGUCAAUGACGACAAGUGGCACUGGGUCGAGUUUAGCAGGCGGCGUCGUAAAGUCGCUUUAAAGAUAGAUCAUCGUCCCCAGGCCGGUGGAGAGAUGCCCGGGAAAUCCUCUCAGCUUAACGUGGGCCUGGAGCCCAAAGUGUACUUGGCUGGGGGCCCAAGGAACGCUUUCAGAAAAUCCGAAUCGAAACAGAACUUUAGUGGAUAUCUACAAGAGUUUUACUUUAGGCACACGAAGGUCUUUGACAGCAUCGUGCCUACGAUUACGGAUAGACGAUUUGUAAAAGUUGGAAUUGUGAUUGAUGGAACUAUCAUACUUGACGGCAGCGCUUCAGGGUGCUUCCCGGUCGGGGACGACGAGGAUGAGGAUUGCAGGGGCACAGCUACUAAUGCCCCUUCAGAAGGCGUGAUGACGUCAGCAACUCGCCUCUCCACUGACCCAGGCCCCAUGCCCACUGGAGUCCAGGCCCAGCGCUCAUUACCGCAGGUGGUGCCAUUUUGGAUCAUCUCCGUGUUGGUGGUUAUAGCAGCCAUUGCCAUUCUAGUGACAAUCUUUUUCUUGUACCGCUGGAACUCUCGCUACAGUGGCUCAUUUAAACCUGAGUCUGCUUCAUCCAGCUGCGGGAAUUCGCCAAAACACAGCGCUCAGCCAACCGCGAAACCUCGCAUUUAUGUCUCAGCACACGAUGAGAAAGUUUAAGGGUGCUCUCCAGUUUGAGUCAGUGUUAUGUGCUGAGUGUUGCUAAACACCAUGGAAACGAAAGAGGUGGCCCUUUGAUCACUGAGCGAGAUCCAAAACGGAUUCCUUAAUCACUACCUGAUGGUCAGGAGAAAAAAGCUCUUUAUAAAAGAGGAAUGUUUUCAAACAAUGUAGACUGCAUUUGCUUCCAGAGUGUGAAUUGAACAGAGCAGCUUGUAAUUAUUUAAAGGCGUGCCGAGUGAGCUUUGCUAGGAGAUUGUGUCGUGUGUGGUUCCAAUACGGUUUCAUUCUACGAGUCUUGAGUGUGACAGUUACAUCAGCAACUAUUCAAAAUGAUUCAUAUGCACCAGUAAUGCAAGUACAUAGCUCGUUGAACCGAGGAACACGUAAAAUGUAAAGGAAUCUAAAUGAUAUAAAAUAAACAAUUAUUGAGCGUUCCAAUCAAUAAGAGAUUUGUUACGAAAGAUUAAGUUGCUGGAGAAAUUUCCAGAGAUUUGACUACCACUCUUCGCCACUCAGGAAAAAUAUGCAAUGACUGAACGAUUGCGACAUUUGUUAGUGAUAAAGAGUGUGAGCAUUGUUUGUUGUUGAAGUUUGGCAAUGCUAGUGCAUGACCUAAGUCAGUUUGAAUUAAGAUUAGCAUAAACGGCAACAAAAAGGCAUUGAAUCGUCUUCUCCAAGCCUGGAAUUCAUAUCGAUCCAAAUUUAUGGCAUGUUUGUACUUUGUAUAAGGAGAAAAUCACGGUAUAACUCCAAAAGGUUAAUUACCUAGGAUGAUAUCUUAUUAUCAUGAUGAGAGCCAAUGCCUGGUUCUUUGAUGUCACGUGAUUACAUGUAUUUAGUUUGCUUAGAGUUACGUCAUCAGUAUGGAAUGUGUCGGGUCGAAUCUAAGACGCUCUAUGAUCUAUUUGCUGCGCAUUUGAAAGGAGAACGCUAACAGAAAAGCCAAAACAGCUGCGCCUCCUAAAAAGUUUGCUUUUAUAUUUAAGCUCCUAGCGCAUGUUUUUCACUUGUAAAUUAAAUAUUUAGCGAGAUAUGAACAAGCAUUAUUAGUAUUAAAUUUUUGCUUUGUACAAAAAAGAAUUUAGGAAAAUGAAUCGAGGGUGAACGCUUAAAAAAAAAACAGGUGGAUCAUGUAAUUGAACAUUAUUAUGAACUGGGAUUAAACAAUAGCGGAUAAAUGUGCGACAACUAUAACAGGCUCCAUUUAGACAGCACAGCCAAAAGCAUUGCAGAACGUUCAAGGAAGAAUUGAUCAGGUUGAAAUGCUGUUAAACCGGACACUGACUAUGCUUUGUUACCGUUCUGCGAUGUGAUUACUUGUCACUGCUCGUUGUCUAACUGUUUCCAUUUGCAGUAGUCGAACAUAAAGGAUACGAUCGCUAGAUAGUUUUAAAAUGACAUUUUUUUUAAUUUGAUUCAUUUUUAGAAAUAAAACUAAUAAUGACAUUGUGUUCGUUUCCUUUAUAUCCUGAGAUUCUGCGUUUGAUAAGAAAAGCAUAGCGCCUCUUUGGCUUGUUCCAAUUUCAGCUAGGUUGUUAAUUACUCUACAAAUAACUUACGGAAACCGUGCGCGUAGAGGACCGGGCAGACUUUUGGUAUUGGAAAGUAAAACUGCUUUAAGAUAGA